UGAGCUUCGAUUAGCCACCAUUUCCAAUCCAAUGUUCAAGCUGUCGUGGUUGGAGAAUGAGGAGCAGUACAAUCGAGCUAAGUCAUUGUUAAUAUAUGAAUUCAAUCGAGUGAAGGGAAGCAUUGCAGUUUCAAUUUCAUCGCAAGACAGUAGUGAUGGGACGUCAUCGUCUCGUUCAGACCCAAGCCCUGAGAAAUGUAGAAAAAAUGAUUUUUUUUCUUCAAUAACGAAGAAAAUCAGUAAAGAGAUAACUAACGAUGAACUUAAUAAAUAUUUGAACUUCUGCCAGACUUUGGAUCAAUUACAGGACUAUCCAACAAUGACUUCUAUAUACAAGCGAUUUAACGUAACACUUCCUUCGUCGGCGGCAGUUGAACGACUAUUUAUUCAGGGAGGACUGAUUUUCACCCCCAAACGUUUAAAACUAACAGACCUAAACUUUGAAAUGUUGGUGUUUCUUAAAGUAAAUCAUGCUGUAUUUAAGGAAUGGUAACGGCUGACUAAGAUCACCGUAUUGCUGUCUGGUGAUUUAUACUAUGUGACAACUGACAAGUGAC